UGCACAAUUUCCAUUUAGGCUAGAUUCCUUCAGCCGAAAUGAAUCUCUCUAUCUUAAAAUGAUUCCUUGAAGUUGACAAAUUUUGUCAUCUUGCAAAAUAUAAAUUAUCCAGAAGAAAAAAAAAAAAAAAAAAAAAGAGAGAGAAAAAGAAGGUGUGAAAAUUUGCAUUGUGUUACACAAGGAAGGAAAGAAAGAUCAGAAGAUGGGUAGUCAAGAAGAUGAGAGAUUGCUCUUAGAACAUGGCCUCUUACAGGAAAAUGGUGAACAAUGUACUGGAGAUGGAUCGGUUGAUCUCAAAGGAAAUCCUGUCCUUAAAAGCAAAACUGGAAAUUGGAGAGCCUGCCCCUUUAUUCUUGGUACAGAAUGCUGUGAGCGUCUUGCUUACUAUGGCAUUGCCACAAACCUUGUAAGUUACCUGACCAAAAAAAUGCAUCAAGGAAAUGUCUCUGCUGCAAGGAAUGUUACUACCUGGUCAGGAACUUGUUACCUAACACCACUUAUUGGAGCUGUCUUAGCAGAUGCAUAUUGGGGAAGAUAUUGGACGAUUGCUGUAUUCUCCACGAUUUACUUGAUUGGAAUGUGUACCUUGGCUUUAUCUGCAUCAGUUGCUGUAUUUAUGGCUCCUGAAUGCAUCGAUUCAAUUUGCCCUUCAGCCACUCCAGCGCAGUAUGGAGUGUUCUUUUUGGGCCUCUAUCUGAUUGCAUUGGGAACUGGAGGGAUUAAGCCAUGUGUAUCUUCUUUUGGGGCUGACCAGUUUGAUGAUACUGACCCCAACGAGAGGGUGAAGAAAGGAUCCUUUUUUAAUUGGUUUUAUUUCUCUAUCAACAUUGGUGCCCUUGUAUCGAGUACACUUAUUGUUUGGAUGCAAGAAAAUGCUGGAUGGGGCCUUGGCUUUGGCAUUCCAGCAAUAUUCAUGUUUGUUGCUAUUGCAAGCUUUUUUUCAGGAACUCCCCUCUAUAGGUUUCAAAGACCUGGGGGAAGCCCGUUAACACGAAUGUGUCAGGUUGUUGUUGCAUCAUUCCGUAAGUGUGAAUUAGAGGUCCCUCAAGAUAGUAGUCUUCUGUAUGAGACUCAGGACAAACAUUCAGCUAUCGAGGGGAGUCGAAAGCUGGAGCAUACUGAUGAACUAAAGUGCCUGGAUAAAGCAGCUGUGGUGUCAGAAGCUGACAUGAAAAGCGGGGAUUUCUCCAACCCAUGGACAUUGUGCACCAUAACACAGGUGGAAGAAUUGAAGAUCUUGAUCCGUAUGUUCCCUAUAUGGGCUACUGGAAUAGUUUUUUCUGCCGUUUAUGCCCAGAUGUCAACAAUGUUUGUUGAACAAGGAACGGUUAUGGAUCGAAGAAUCGGAUCCUUCAUCAUCCCAGCAGCCUCGUUGUCCACUUUUGAUGUGAUCAGUGUUAUAUUCUGGGUCCCAGUAUAUGACAGUGUUCUUGUUCCAAUAGCUAGAAAGUUUACGGGGCAAGAGAGAGGGUUUUCAGAACUACAGAGAAUGGGUAUUGGGCUUUUCAUCUCCAUCCUUUCCAUGGUAGCUGCUGCUUUAGUGGAGAUAAGACGUUUGCAGAUUGCUAAUGAACUGGGUUUGGUCAACGAAGAUGUUGCUGUCCCAAUGAAUAUCUUUUGGCAAGUACCGCAAUACUUCUUGGUGGGGGCCGCAGAGGUGUUUACCUUUGUAGGGCAAUUGGAGUUCUUCUAUGAUCAGUCACCCGAUGCCAUGCGAAGUUUGUGUAGUGCACUUUCUCUCCUGACAACAUCACUUGGUAAUUACUUGAGCUCGUUGAUUCUGACGAUCGUGACAGCCAUUACCACUGCUGGAGGAAACCCGGGAUGGAUUCCGGAUAAUCUAAAUCAAGGUCACCUCGACAAUUUCUUCUGGCUUUUGGCUGGACUGAGUUUCUUAAACAUGUUGGUGUAUAUUUGCUGUUCUCUCAAGUACAAACAGAAGAUGGCUUCCUAGGAAAGCAGCUGCUAGUCUGCUACUGGUGGUGUUAACGUGUUAAGUGUACAAUAUUAAAUUUCUGAUGCUUCAGCUCAAAGCUAAUGGUUGUAUUAUACUCCGUAGCUAGAUAGGAUCCUGUUUUUCUUAUACCACUUGAACCAAAUCCAAGUAUGUUUCUUUUUUCAUAUAAUUAUUAUUUGUUCUUUGCUAUCGUACUGGAUUUAUAAAUGAAUGUUUGUUUAACCCUGUAGUGAAACCUUAAAACAUGCAUUUACAUGGUGGACAAUAUUAAUGAUUUGUAAAAGAGAAAGUUGUGGCUAGGAUCUUAUUUGAAGAGCUUUUGAAGGAGUGACAACAGGCGCAUACGGCUACACGAGUGUUUUUUUGUUCUACUAUGAGGAGUUUCCACCGUUUUUUUUUUUUUUGAUUCCAAUGAGCCUCAAGGGAAAUAUAAAUUACAAAUGGGGGUGGGGGGAUUCGAACCUGAAACCUAUUGUACACAGGCCCUCAGUCUUAACCACUGGGCCAAGGAAUUGCGUGUAUAUAGUUAGCAAAGUAAUGCGGAAUAUCAGAUUACGAAAUUAUUUGCUUUUUGAAUUUGAAAAAUGAGAGGUAUAAACAUAGUUCACAUAUUUUUACGCCGCUUCAUGCGUUUCUUUACCAUGGUAAUCUCAAUGGUAUAAUGUGUCACACAUUUACAAAUAUCAGUAUAUCACCAAUUAUAUUCUAUUUAUUGCUAUUAUUUUUCAGCUCUGUGUUCAUACUAAUGGAUAUUUAUUCGAGGGAUUUAAGUUCAUUUCACCAUCUUUAAUCGAAUAAAAAGACAGGGACUUUGAGUUGCAGGGAAACGUGGAGGACGGCGAUGAAUACUCCAGAUGAUCAUCAAUUGCUUCUAGAAGAUUCAAUUCUCCAG